UAGCUCCUUCCUUGGCAUUUCUCAGUGCCAGGCAGAGACAUGGUCCAUUUGUGCCAUAGGUGUAGCAGAUUGAGGUUGGGGGGAAUAUCCAGUUGCGCCUUGCCUCUAAAGAGUGGUUAAGUUGUAGCUGAACAGGUCUUCUUUGUAGUCAUAUGAGUCGUCCUGAGUAUCAUUGACAUUUGCACUGUGGUGUGCAGGAUCAAGUGGGUCAGUUUGCUCAGGUUAGCGAACAUAUAUAUAUUUCGGAUGCAGUUUUGGGUAUGUCUUGUGUGAGUAACUGAUGGAGACUGAGGUCAGCUUGCAACCACUUGCAAAUCCUUGGCAGAAAGUUUGCUGCUAAUGGUAUUUCCUUCCCUUAGCAAAGUGAGAGCCAAGGGGGGCACUGGGAGGGGAACAUAGCCUCUCUGCAUCGUGCCCUGGUGGGGGCUGAGGAGGUGGCCGUGCAAACAGGGCUGGGAGCCACCAGCUGUCAGCGAGGGGGAACCAGGGUGUCACUUCCCACAGUGUAGUAUGCAGAGCUGAAGGACGAUGCUGGUUCCUCCAUUUGACAGACUGUGGUCACAGAGCAGUUCCUCCAGUCCGUGUCUCAUUUUGUGUUUCACUCCUGGUGGUUCUGGUUUUGUUUCUGUAGAAAUUUUGUGAUGUUCACUUUGGGGUGGGUGGGAUUGCAGUCAACCCGUUGCUUGCAGGGCUCUGGUGCGCUGGACUGUGGCUCUGAGCAGGAUGGUGAGUCUUGCACUGAGGUGGUGGUUUAACAACCCUAUUAAAAGCCCCACACGAUUUGUAAUACGCUGUGUCUGGAUGAUGUCUCAUGUCCUGACUGAACAAACUGCAGCAAGGAAGGCAUUCACGCAUGGCAGGCAGCUUCUGUGCUUCUUCCCCGGUGGGGAUUGUGCAGCUUGAGAGUUUUUAAUUACAGGAACGCUUUGAUCCUCAGAGUUGAGGCUGGGGAGUGGAUCCAGUGAAAGGGGGGGUAAAUCUGAUGGGUUUCCAAGGUGGUUGGUGCCAGUAAUGUGUCCCCUCCUGGGAUGCUGUGAGUAGGAGCAACCUGUUCCUCGGAGCAGACGGAAGUGAGGUACAGUGGAAGCUGUGCAUGGGCGUGGGGCUGCGUGUGCUGCCUGCUCUCUGUGGCUGAAUCACAGACGGAGGCAGAAACCUCUCAGAAUUAUUUUAUGCCUUCCCCUCCCUUUCCUACCCCCGCCCCCUCCCCCUCCGCAUUGCUGCUCAGGCUCAGCAGUUCUGAUUUGUGGCAGGUGCAAAUGGCUGCAGCAGCUGCAGGAGCAAGUGUUCCUCAGCAUUGUGUGGGUUGUCCUACAGCUGGGGACAAAGGUGUCCCCUCCACCAAAGGGUCCUGGCAAGAUGCCUCUGGGGGUGGGGGCAGUAAAUUAUUUGAGAAUGGGGGUGGAAAGAGGUGAUAACAGACAGGUGGUAAGCCUGAGCCCUAGCCAUGGCUCCUCCCUACUUCCCAGUACUACACUGGAAAGACACCGGUAGUGAGAAACCAUCUGGGCUGACACUGAGCUCUGGAUUUUCAGUCUUUGUGGUGACAGAAGAUCCAGCCCAAUGCCACAGACCAUGUCAAGCCUGCAAGGGCUAUACACCUCUUUGCUUUGCAGGGUAAUGGCCAGACCCUAAAACCGAUGCAGUGGGGACGGUGCUGGCCCCAUCUGUGGCAGGUGGCAUGCCCUGCCAUGAGAGAUCCUACCCUGCAGGAUCUCCAGUGAUCCCUCAGCUCCCUGGGUUGUCUGGAUUGGAACCUUUCUGUAGGGUGAGCUCUGGCCCUCUGGAACAGGGAUAUCUCCUUCUCCACCCUAAACACCCCAUACCCUUCCUGCCUUGCCAGCAUUCCCAUCCAGGGCUUUGGCAGACCCAAGCAACAGCAGGAUCCCCUGUGUGAAGCCCAUCCCUUACUCCAGCCCCUUGGUGACUGAGCUACCUUGGGACACUAUGCAGAUUCUCCCAGACUAUAUGGGCUUCACAGGGGGCUUCUACUGGGACACUGCAGCAGCACCAAAUCCAUUCCUGGGGCAUAGCACUCUGUGUUGCCAGCAGCAAUGUCUGUCACCCGGUUGUGCUGUCUGGGACCCUGCCAGGGAUGGGGACAGGGCACAUCCCAAAGUCAAGGUUACUGUGACAGCCUCCUGCUGGUGACACCGUCGGCAGCCCUCAGGGAAUUAGGACGUCCAAGCAGGUCAAACAGGUCUCUGGACACUGGGGAACCCGCUUUUCCAGCCUUUUGCUGCGUUUGCCCUUUAAGAAGGCCUUCUCCCCGCCCGCCGAGCGGGCAGUAGGUGGGACUCGGGCGCCGUCCUGCACCAGUCGCGAGGUCCCUUCCUGUGUCUCUCCCAGAGUGGCAGUAGGGUGGUCCCGCCCCGUGAUUCUCAGAAUGGGCAGGGAGGGGCUGCAGAAGAGAGGGAGGUCCCUCGGCGGCAGCGGCUGUGCCGUCUUUAUCCUCACCCAGAAGGCUUGUGUCCCUGUCACUGUCCACCGUGCUGGGUGUGGGUGCCCCCAGCCUCGGUCACCUAUUCCCCCAGAUCCCCUUGGGGCCCAGGUGGUGGGGAUGAGCAGGGUCCCAGGCAGGACCUGGGUCCCCUGCCUGCUGCACCACUGCGGACCCCAACCCCCAGGGUCUGCAUGCACCCAGGGGAGGUCAGGGUGGUCUUGAGUGCACCGCUGACAUGAACUGAGGGCAUGACUGCACAAGGCUUCUGUGGGGAUGUGAACUGAGCAAACACCCUGCAGCUUGCCACCAUCUUCUGGGAAAGGGAGAGAGGGGGAGUUACUGCUCUGCUCCCUCCCUGGGGAGGCUGAGACACCUGCUUUUGCCCUCUGGGAGGUUGCUUGGCUGCAAAGCUGUGUCUGCUGUGGCAUUUCAUCAUAUGUGUCUGUCAGGUGGACGGCUCAGGCCUCAUCUCAGUCUGAUGUCCUGACCUGAUGCUGUGAUCUGGCGGUGGUCAAGUGGGCUUGUUGGCUGGCUCCCUGCAUUUGCAGUGACUGGGGUACUGUGGAGGUUGAUCUCUUCCUUGUCCCAAGGUGAGGAAGGGGUGUCCAGCUGGGUGUGUGUGGGGAGCAAGUGCAUUCCGCCUUUGAAUGGCUCACCCAUCUCUGCCUUCUCACCUACUACCUCGGACACCCAUGGGGUGCUGGCAGGGGUGGGUGUCCCUGCCUCAGUGCAAGGUCUCUGGGCUGAUGGUGUGCUGGUGGCAGUGAUGUUUCACUUACAGAGGCAAUUACAGGGUACAGGCAGUGGCCAGAGCAUUAGUUUGUGGGGAGGAGAAAAGGGGUUUGAGAAGAGCCCCUGGCACCUCAGGGCUCUAACAAGCACCUUUUUAUUGGGCAUGAAAAGGCCUUUUGGCCUGUGUUCAUGACAGCUGCCCUUUGUCUGUGGGUGCAGUGUGAAGCCACCAUUGUGGAAGGGGGAGCACACAGGGAGGGCUUGUACCUAGCUUCCAGGCUGCCAGGAUGUGCAGUUUCCCUGCGAACGUGAAGUGAGCUGUCGGAGCAAGUGACUCAGGCUGGUGGAGGGGAGGCCGGGGGUGGCAGCCUGGCUGAUGCCGGCUCGGGCCCCUGCUUCCCAAACCUCCAGGGCGCCAGUGCUGGGCGAGAGGGGCCGGAGCUCUCGGCCAAUUGGGCGCUGAUCUGAAGCCGGGGUGGGGGUGGGGGGGAUCUACUUCUCCCCCCCCACUUCCACCUCCGCGCUGGGGCUGUGAUUCAGUUCCCCUCCCCCAGCCCACCCCCUCUGCUGGGAGGCUGACAGCCGGAGCCGCAGCCUGCCGGAGCCCCAGAGCUGUUUUCCAAGCCGUGGAAGAGAGACCUGGGGAUUUUUUUUGCAUCUUUCCGGCGCCUGCUGUGUCCUGGGCCGGACGCGCAUGGACAUGGAAAGCGGCAGCCUCCAGCGACCCGCCUGGAAAUGGCAAGUACUGAGUUUGUUUUUGCUCUGCGGCUGGGGCUGGGUCUCCGGGCAGAUCCACUACUCGGUGGUUGAGGAGUCGGAGGUGGGAACCGUGGUGGGGAACGUGGCCUGGGACCUGGGCUUGAAGGUGGAGGAGCUGCCAGGUCGCAGGCUGCGCCUGGGCUCAGAGGAGAACCUGCGCCACUUCGCCGUGCACCUGGACAGCGGUGCGCUGGUGGUGAGCCAGCAGCUGGACCGGGAGCGGCUGUGCGGAGCGGCUGCCAGCUGCGUGCUGUCGGUGCAGGUGGUGACAGAGAACCCCCUGCAGCUCUUCCGCCUGGAAGUGGAAAUCCUGGACCUGAAUGACAACUCCCCGAGCUUCCCCACUGCUCACCGCAUGCUGCGCGUUGCUGAGUCUGCCACAGUGGCUGCACGCUUCCCCCUGGAGAGUGCGCAGGACUCUGAUGUGGGCACCAAUGCUGUGGGCUCCUACCGGCUAAGCCCCAACUCCCACUUUUCCCUGGAUGUCAAGCAGCAGCAGGAUGGCAAACUCUUCCCAGAGCUGGUGCUGGAGCGUGCCCUGGACCGGGAAGAGCAGCCAGAACUGCAGCUGGUGCUGACGGCCGUGGAUGGGGGAAGCCCAGCUCGCUCGGGCACAGCGCAGAUCACAGUCGUGGUCCUGGAUGUCAACGACAAUGCACCCACCUUUGAUCGUGCCAUGUACAAGGUGCAAGUCCCGGAAAACAUACCCGUGGGGGCCCUGCUCGUCCAGCUCAAUGCAUCUGACCCUGAUGAGGGCCCCAAUGGGGAGACACAGUACUCCUUUGGGGUUCACACCUCUGACUCUGUCCGGAGGCUCUUUACCCUGGAUCCCCACAGUGGUGAGGUCCGGGUGAGUGGGGCCCUGGACUUCGAGGAAUCACCUUUCUAUGAGAUCUAUGUGCGAGCCCAUGACAGAGGGGUCCCGGAGAUGGAGGGACACUGCACACUGCAGGUGGAAGUGGAGGAUACCAAUGACAACUCCCCUGAGGUGCUGCUCACCUCCCUGCUGAACCCGGUGCCAGAAGAUACCCCACCAGAGACCGUUGUGGGGCUCUUCAAUGUACGGGACCAAGACUCAGGGGCCAAUGGGGAUGUGAGUUUGGAGAUUGCCCCCGAUGUGCCUUUUGCCAUCAGGUCCCUUCAGAACCACUUCUCCCUGGUCACCCGGGACAGCCUGGACCGUGAGUCCACCUCACAGUAUGCAGUGGAGCUGAUUGCCCAGGAUGGUGGGUCUCCUGCCCUCACCACAACACUCAUGUUGCUCCUCAACAUAUCUGAUGUGAAUGACAACCCCCCACGCUUCUUGCAGCCCUCCUAUGAUGCCUUCCUCCAGGAGAACAACCUGCCUGGCUCCCUGCUGUGCACUGUCUCUGCCUCGGACCCUGACGAUGGGGAUAAUUCUCGGCUUGUUUACUCCAUAGAGAGUGGCCAAGUGCAGGGUACCCCCAUCUCUUCCUUUGUCCACAUCAAUCCUGAGAAUGGCAACCUGUAUGCUCAGCGCACCUUUGACUUUGAGCUGCUGCAGGUUCUGCCAGUCUCUGUGGCUGUGCGGGACUCAGGGUCCCCCCCGCUCCAUGCCAAUGUUACUGUCUACAUCUUUGUGCUGGACCAGAAUGACCACUCCCCCACUAUCCUGCACCCAGCCAGUGACAGUGAUGUCCCCGCACCCCAGAGGGUUCCGCUGUCGGCCCCACUGGGCUACCUGGUCACCAAGGUGACAGCAGUGGAUGCAGAUGCUGGGCACAAUGCCUGGCUUUCAUACCGACUGCUGCCGCAGUCCACUGACCCCUCCUUGUUCCACGUGUCGCUGUACACCGGGGAGGUGCGGACAGCACGUGCCCUCCAGGACACCGAUGCUGCUGUGCAGCAGCUCAUUGUCCAGGUGAUGGACAAUGGCGACCCACCACUGUCCACCACUGUCAUCAUCACUGUGGCCCUGGAGGACAUGGCUCCGGAGGAUAACUACAAGCCUCGGGAUUUCCUGGCUGGUGCCAAGGAGAAGCCAGACCUGACCCUCUACCUGAUCAUCGCACUGGCAGCUGUUAGCACCGUGGCACUUGCCACCAUCACUCUCCUGGCCGCCCGCUGCCUGCGGCGCAGAGGCCGUGCUGCUGGCUCGCCCUGCUGCUGCUGCUGGCUCAGCGAGUCGCCCAACCGGGACUUCUUCAAGCACUCCAGCCCCAAGCUCCAGCUCAGCUCCGACGGCACCCUCAAGUACAUGGAGGUCACCCUGCGACCCACCGACUCCCAGUCUCAGUGCUACAGCACCUGCUUCUCCCCCGGCUCCGACCGGAGUGAUUUCACCUUCCUGCGGCCCUGUCCACCCCCCGCGACCCUACCGAGGGAAACCAGGGCUUUCCUCUCCACUACCGGUACGCUGCGGGAGCCCGGCCAGCAAGCUCAGCCAAACACAGACUGGCGCUUCUCUCAGACCCAGAGACCUGGAACAAGUGGCUCCCAGAAUGGAGAGGAAGGCGGAGCCUGGCCAAACAACCAGUUUGACACGGAGAUGCUCCAAGCCAUGAUCCUGGCUUCAGCAAACGAAGCUGCUGACGGCAACUCGACCCUGGGUGGCGGGACGGGCACCAUGGGGCUGAGCGCCCGCUAUGGUCCCCAGUUCACCCUGCAGCACGUCCCCGAUUACCGGCAGAAUGUCUACAUCCCCGGCAGCACUGCCACUCUCACCAACGCUGCUGGCAAGCGUGAUGCCAAAAGCGCUGCCUCCUCAGGAGGCAACAAGAAGAAAUCUGGGAAGAAGGAGAAGAAGUAGAGAAGAAGAAGGAGACCUUAGAGCUACAGGGCAGCCGGCUCCAGCACUCCCUCAAACCACAGCCCAGGCCGGAGGACGAAUGUGAACUUUUUUUGUGAUUCAAGAAGUAGGAAACGCUGCGAAUGUAUCUCAUCAUCAUCAGAGCUAGGAGCAGCGUCUUGCUGCUGUUAGAUCUCAUGAUGAAAACCAAUCCAGAAGCUAAACCGAAUGCAAACAAGUGCCCUGUGAAUACUUGCUAAUAUUUUAUACAACCCCUCGGGAAUUAGAAUAUGCAAGGGUGGAAGGCCUUCUGCCACGUCUGUGGAUCCAGUUUGCUCCCAGAUAGUCUGAGAAAGGCACAAGGAUUGUGCACGGCUUUGCCCAGUGUAAAUAAUUUUAACGUGGACCUUUUAAUUUAUAGACCUUCAAUCAUUUAUUGGAAAGGAAAAGGAAGUUCCUAGGUUAGAGCCCAUGCUCCAGAUCUUUGCUCUUAAACUUUCCAUUAGUAAAAUUCACCCCCAGUUAAUGUUAGCGAUGGAUUUGUUGCUGAGAAGUUGUAGGGAGUGCUUCAGUUCCUGCUUACCUGUUACCUGAAAAAAAAAAAAAAAGUGUUAUGUUGCAUGAGUCAAAGGGAAUAUGGCAAAGCUGCAUCCUAAUUUUUUUUUUCUUUCAAAUGUGUAACUACCGAUGGCCUGAUAUAUGAGACAAAAAAAACCAUCUGAUGUCUGAGAGGUAAGGAAUUCAAUGAGGAGCAUGCCAAGGUGUGCGACAGCUGCCCCAGUGGUUCUAGGGGUCUCCGAAGAGCAGACACAUCUCAUCCCUUCUUUGCAGUAAAUAUUUAUAUGUACAGUCAAUGUUCUUCUGGAAUUAAAGCUAAGAGAAUCUUGCUCCCCUGCUGCCAGGCAACCAUCUAGCCAAGUCCCCGCCAAGGGGACCAGGGGACAAUACUUCACGUUUCUGCACACUGUGUCUGCAUGCACGUCUUUCACCUCACACCUGCACUAGCGCAGUUAGGACCCAGAGCAGUCCUCGCAUGCCCAUGCAGCGUGGUGUGAAUGCGCUGGCAGCUGCCCAAGCCUCUGUGCUGGGGCUGCCUUGGGUGGGGGGUGGGGUGGGUGGGGAUUAGUCAAGCAGGAUGGGGAAACUCAUUACUUCUUAUUUGGGGUGUAGACCCCCAAAUAAAGGGGUUAUUUGGGGUGUAGACUCCAAAUAAGGGGGUUAUUUGGGGUCUUACCCAAAGAGGUGAGAUCCACGGAGCUGCCCAUGUGUGGCUUUGGUGCAGAAUUGGUGAUUGAGUAAGUGAUGUUUGGUUUGAUUGUGUCUGGGGACCAGACCUGGAGAAGGGAUUCAAGAGCUGGGGUGUGUGUGGGUGGGUGCGCGGGGUGAUGCUGCAAAGCCUGGGAGCUGGGGAACAAGGAGGGGGUGUCACAUGGGACCACACUGGGCCAGCCUGGAAGAGGUGAUGCUCCUGCUGGCUUUGGGCUCUCCGCGCGGAUGGAAUUGAAGGAUGAGGAAUAGUUUUUCCACACACCCACCACCCUUGCACCAGGCUGGCUUCCCAACCAAAACAGGUCUGAGCCCCAUCGAGGAGUCGGAGUUGGAGCUGUGUGUAGCCAGAACGAGGAGAGGGGCUGUGGGGUGGCCAGGAAGGGGCCAUGCAGGAUUUCCCAGGGGAUGUGUGUUGUUUUUUCCUUUUUUAAUCACUAACACAUAACUCACCCGAGCAGAUCCAGCCCUCUCAGCUAGGCCCCAGCAUGGCAGCAGUCACCCCAUCACUGCCCCCUCCCCAAACCCUGGGCAGCAGGAGCAUCUGCCGUGUUUCAUCUGGAUCCAGCCACCUCUGGCGCUGGCUGCACUGGGAGCGGUUCCCACCCUGUCCCCCGCAGCUGCCACCUGCCCCCCUCUAGAAAUGCUGUAGCUGAAUCAUAGUCUUUAUAUUUCUUUUUAAUCUGCAAUCUGAGGUAGCGUAGUGAGUGUCGUGUACUUAGUGGCGUGUUAUUUUUAAUCUUGGUAACUAACUUGUGGACACCAGUAUUUUCAAUUUUCUCUGUAUCUUCUUUCCAUGUGGUCUGUGCUCCAAGUGUACGUGAAAUGAAACACGUUUGCCCUUUCAAUGUGUCUAAUAUUGAAUUAUACUUAUAUAUUAUAUAUAUGCUUAUAUCCUUCUUAUACCCAUAUAGACCAAUGUCGAUGUGUUACACGCAAGUUUUAUACUCUAAUAUUUAUAUUGCUUUUUUUCUUUGGGAAAAAAUAAUAAAAUGGUUUCUUCUGAAUAAA